CCUUGUGAAAUUGUAUACAGCACUCGAACCAUAACAAAAUCACCAAGUCAUAGAAUUGAUACCCGCUUUCAUUUGUCUCGUUUUCUUGCUAUCUGGGAACUGUAUCUUUCACCAUGUUCAAGAAGGAUAUCAAUCCGGCGAAGAAGACCAAGGUCAAGUCUUCGGCCCAGCGUGCUCUCCGGUCAAAACUAUGCGACUCAUAUCCUCUUCUUGCGCCAUAUAUCGAUGAGAUUAUUCCGAAAAAGUCACAGCUUGAUGUGAUGAAACUCCCCGACUUUGCAACACUCUACUCCCUCGAAUCACAUCCUCUUUUCGUCGAGAUUGAGAAAAAGGGCGCCGACGACAUUUUCCUUCCUCACCUGAAGCUCGUUCAUGCUUUUCCGCACUGUUUCAAGCGCGUCCAGAUUGACCGUGGCGCGAUCCGUUUUGUCCUGUCUGGCGCAGCGCUCAUGGCUCCUGGUUUGACGUCACCUGGCGGACGGUUACCGCCAGCUGAAGAGGCUUUGAAGCCUGGGGAGGUCGUAGCUGUUGGCGCCGAAGGAAAAGACGAGAUUUGCCUGAUUGGUAUCCUGAAGAUGGGCACGGAAGAAAUGAAGGAGAAGAAGAAGGGAGUGGUUAUGGAUGAAGGACACUAUCUUGGUGAUGGACUAUGGAAACUGAGCGUGGAGUAAUUGGUCUGUCAUUUCUUUUUGCUUGGCUCAGCCAUAUGACGUUGAAGAUAUAUCCUAGCUGCGGCUAGACGAAAGCCGCCGAUUUGCAUGAAAGAUUAUGAAAGAAAAGUUUUGUUCACACGUAUGAUGCCACUUGCAAAAUCAAUCAAGUGAGAAGGGGAAAAAUAGAAAAUAAGAGUCGAUACAUGACUUGGGCUUGGACGGUG